GUUUUAUAACAGGGGUUUUGGGUAAUGCCACACUCAGGGGCGAUAAGACGCCGUCGUUGUGCAGGGCAGUGCUGCUCAGCCCUGGCUUUACAGCGUUAACAGGUGGUUGGCAGAAAAUCUAUUAAAGAUGAUUUAAAUAUUCCUUCUUCACACUAUACACAUCCACAAUGAGCUAAUCGCCCUUUCUCUUCGUGAAACAAUUCAGCGUUCCAAUUAUCAGCUCCAUAAUUCCUUCAUUUUAGUAUUUGUACGCUCAUGGAUUAUUCGAAAGUCUCCUCAAUGGAAAAACGUAAAGUCUCAUCAACAUCCGUCUAUGGCAUUGAUGAUUCCCAGAUCCCCGAACCUCGGUGCUUUGCGUCAGGUGCUCCAAAGCAUUUCCCACGCCGCGAGGGGAAAGAGAUUACCGAUGCAGAUUGGCCUGGUCUCAAAUCGAUCAUCCAUCGUCUGUACAUCAUCGAGAAUUUGACAUUCCCCAAAGUCAAAGAAACGCUCCAUUUAGAGCUGGGAUAUAACAUCACGAAACGACAAUUUACUAGAAAAAUCGAAGUCUGGGGCUUCAGAAAGAACUUUAGGAAAAGUGAAAGAGAUGAUAUUGUGAAGAGUGGAGAAAUUCCUCAAAGAUUUAUACACGACUCGCGAAUAACCCAAAAACGAAUCGAGCGCUUGCGGAAAAGGAAUGGUGUACAAAUGCGCCCAGGAAUUGAAAGCGAAGAUGACGAGAUAUUUUUCGUACAGAACCAGGACGUUUCCAAAAAAACGAACGCACCCCAAGAAGCUUCAUUGGACGUUGAAUCCUGCUAUGCCAUGAUCGGGGACCAAAACACACCACUUCAAAACCACGACAUGAUCAUUAAACAGACACCUAUUUCAGAGUUUCGUCAUGACAUAGUCACACCCAAUAUCGAAGAUCAAUGUUCUUUCGGUCAGUCUGCUGAAGAUGAUUUCGAACAUUCAUGGUUGGCUGAAUUAUUUGUGCAGCUCGAGACUGCAGAGAUAAUUGCGUCCACAAGUCUUGAUAAUGAAACCGAGCAGGGUGUAAAAGAAACACAACACCUAUCUAGAACUGAACUGAAGGAACCUUCCAGACCAUAUAGUAGCACUUCAUCAUGCGGUGGGUCUUUCCUGGCUCAAGCACGUAGCCACUCUUCACAUCACCAUUCCGCUAGGAGUACCUCGCUACAAUCCCACAAUCCAGGAAUGCAUCAACUAUACUGGAGUCCCCUAUUUGAGAUUAACAUCUUCCCAACAUUGAGAAACUUCAAUAAACGAUCACAAGAGAGCUGGUUCCAUUUAUUUGCAUCAUUCAAAAGAGAGUCAAUAGUGUGUAAGGAGAAAUUUUCAAAAUUGAAAAGAGUGUUGCCACCGAAUUCUCCGGCAAUCAUUUCAACCUUAGAGUGCAUGGCUUUUGUGUAUCACCAACUCGGCUACAGCAGAGAAUUCGAGAUGACAUGCAGAACUCUCUUGUAUGCAAGACAAAACGAACAAUGUCCUAACACAUACAAAAUGGUAGAAAUAUGUCUUUGGAUUGUCGAUUCCUACAUUGUUUCACAUGAUCUAAAGAUCGGGAUGAAUUUGCAUACCAUCCUACAUCCAAGGAUAGAAAAUGCUAUGGAUUCUCGACAUCCAUUACAUAUUCAUUCAUCUUACUUGAUGGCCGAAAUUCUUUAUCGUCUUUGCCAGUAUAACGAAGCUGAAGCUACAAUCCGCCCCGUAAUGCAGAUAGCUUUGGCCGCAUUAGGGCCCAACCAUCAUUUAACUAUAAGAGUAAUGAAUUUACUCUGUUGGAUUCUGCGAAAAAAUGGCUCUCUAGCAGAGGCCGAUAAGCUUGCUAGGUACUGUCUUCAAGUUUUGGAUAAGUCGGAAUUGCUCGUGGCUUGGCUGAGAUGCGCAGAAAUACUCAUGCAAAUAUUGGAAACUAGGGGACUUUACAACGAAAGUGCCAAUCUGUGUCAUCGUAUAUUUGAGUUAGCAGUCGAAGCGUUUGAUAAUAAAAAGUAUACAUCCUUUCUUUAUCACACGAAAAUGGCCAGAGCCCUCUUGAAACAAAAUGAGGCAUCAAAGGCAGUUGAUAUGCUAAAGGGCAUCCAAAAUUCCCCUUACGCAAAUGGAGGGAAGAAAAUAUUUAUAGAGGUAGAGUUUAAAGUUGUCUUAGGUAGCGCUCUUUGGAAACGGGGAAGUGUCUGGGAAGCUAUAGUCUGCUUCAAAGAAUUACUGAAGUCAACGGUCAGAAUGUACGGAUGGGACCAUUCAGUUGUUUUUGUACACUGCAAGAUGAUUGUAAAUUGCUUGGUACAGCUUUUACAAUAUGAUGAAGCUUUGAAGUUUUUUGAGAGAUUUCUGGAAAAAUGUAGAGGUUUUGUUAAGCAGGGCUCAUCCAUUGCGGGAUGGAUUGGUGAAAUCGAAGAUAGGAUGUACAAAAUGCAAGGAGAGGGUAGAGAUGGCGACAGCAGUAUUUCUGAAGAUUAUGAGGAAGACGAAACAUGUUUUGAAAACACUGAGAUGAAAGAUUAUGAUAUUCGUGAAGAAGGAAACGAUGACGAGGUUCAAUUUGAGGGUCGUGGGCCAAGGUUGGAUGAUAUAUUCAAUACGGAACGAGACAUCUCUAAGGACAUAACCUUUGAGGAGCUAGGUCUUGAAGAUAUCUUAGCAUAGUAUAGGGUAAUAAUAGAGGAGCUUAAUAAACUUGCACA